CGAGCUUCUCCCUCAGACCACCAGCCACACUGACCAGAGCUUGGAGUGUGAGUGAGGGAGAGUGCCAGUGAGAGAGGGAGCGAGAGGAUGGGUGGCAAGGCAGCUCUGCUGCUGGCCCUGGUGGCCGUGAGCCUGGCCGUCGAGAUCCACGCCGACGCCGGCUACGGCUACGGCGGCGGGUACGGGCCGACGCCGGCCACCCCGACCCCGAAGCCGGAGAAGCCACCCAAGGGCGGCAAGCCGCCCAAGGAGCACAAGCCUCCCACCUACACCCCAAGCCCGAAGCCGACGCCGCCCACGUACACUCCCACUCCCAAGCCCGCUCCGCCGACGCCCAAGCCGACGCCGCCGACCUACACUCCCACGCCCAAGCCCGCUCCCCCGACGUACACCCCGACGCCCAAGCCACCGGCGACCAAGCCGCCGACACCCAAGCCGACCCCGCCGACGUACACUCCCUCGCCGAAGCCCACGCCGCCGACCUACACCCCGACACCCAAGCCGCCGACCUACACCCCGAAGCCCAAGCCCACUCCGCCAACGUACACCCCGAAGCCGAAGCCCACUCCCCCGACUUACACGCCGUCGCCGAAGCCGAAGCCGAAGCCGACGCCACCCACCUACACGCCGACCCCCAAGCCCACUCCGCCGACCUACACGCCGUCGCCGAAGCCGAAGCCGGCGCCGCCCACCUACACGCCGACCCCCAAGCCCACUCCCCCGACCUACACCCCGUCACCGAAGCCGAAGCCGACCCCCACCCCGAAGCCGACUCCUCCGACCUACAAGCCGACCCCCAAGCCAACUCCGCCCUACACUCCAACCCCCAAGCCGACACCGCCGCCGACCUACAAGCCUGCCCCCAAGCCGACGCCGCCGACCUACAAGCCUGCUCCCAAGCCGACGCCGCCGGUGUCCUACACCCCCAGCCCGCCGCCGCCCUACUACAAGUGAGAUCUCUGCUACUCUGCUGUGUCAAGCUCGGAGCAUAGGGUGAUGGAAGAGUUUGUGCCAGCAAACCGGCCGGCCAAGAGAUGAGCUGAAGAUGAGAGGCCCUUCCUUGAUCCUCCUCUUACGUUCGCUGCCGUCCAUAUCAUCUAUCCUAGCUAGAGAGGAGGGAAUAAUGCACGCAGAGCUCUGCAGCGCCCUGCUAUGUUUUCUGUUGUCCGUUUAGUUCGUGUUCGUCGUCUGUCUUUGCAGCCGUAUUGUGUGUGGGUAAUGGUAUUGCUACUAUUGGUGUCAUCAGGAGGUUUACUGUGGAAGUAAAACUAAUAACCAUGGAAAUGCAAGUGAAAGCUAGUAUAUUUUUCUGUUC